ACCAGAAAACAUUGUCUAUUCGUUUCGAAUGAGAAGGACCGCCAAUCUAACCUGUGUGACGUUUUAGACCAGUGCCGUUUUCCUUCUCAUCAGCCAUAUUGCAGAUAAAACGGACAUAUAUUUUCCGGACAUGUUACAGAAUAUCAAGUAUUGUGCAACCGACACAGAUCUAACAUCGAACAGUCGAGGAUGAAAUAAGGAAGAGCCCUCCAGGGCUGUAGACGCGCCCCAGCUGGAGACAUGUUCUAAGGGCAGCAGCAGACCUGCACUCUGGAAACCAUGAAAGGGUUAGGAGCCAAUCGCAGCCGUCACCUGUCGGACUCCUGUGAGCCAUCGGGGGCCCCAAAGAAGCCCCUGUACCCCUUGACCUCUGACGCCGGCGGUCCCUUCCUCCUGAGCCCCACCAUGAACCACUACAGCACCCUGGACCCCCACCAACUCUACCAGGCCCCCAACCCCCAAUCACUGCCUCCGGAGUACCUGCUGCCCCUCAACCAGAUGUCCAACAGCAGCACCUUCCCCCGCCUCCACUUCACCUCCCAACCGGAGCAGGCUGACUACUCCCAGGACUACUCCCAGGAUUGCAUGGUCCCUGCCGGGGGCGGGGGUGGGCCUGGGGGCAGCCGGGCGGGCACCCUGUCCACCUCCAUGUCCAUGGGCCUGGGUCUUAGAGGGGCUCCCAUGAUCACCAGUGGAUCAGUUACCAUCUCCUCUGCAGCAGCGGCCAAGAUGAAUCGUCUGCCAUCUAACCUGUUGGACCAGCUGGAGAAGCACCUACCUCUGCAGAGGGAUGGCUUCAGUACCCUCCAGUUCCACCGGGGCAGGGUGGCCAAGCAGCGCAGCGAGAGCCCCGGACGCAUCCGUCACAUCAUGCACUCUGUCCAGAAGCUCUUCAACAAGUCCCAGUCCCUGGAGGGCUCGGUGGUCAAGGGCAACAUGAACAGCACUACAGGGGGAGGUGAGGAGGGGACCAAGCAGACCCACAGGAGUAAGAGUAAAGACAGGGCUAAGACUGAGAUGCUGAAGAAGCGACCUAGCAGGCAGAAUGCACUGGGGCUCUGGAGCUCAGACGAUGCCCUGGACAGUGACACCACCACCAAAGCUGGCACUAUCGCCGUGGGCUACCGUAACCCACUUAGCAUGAUGACGCUGGGCAGGGCAGUGUCGGACAGCCAGGCUCCUCCCAGGCACCUCCCACAGGGCUACAACACCAUCUCUGCUCACACACUCAAGGCCUCCAAGAGUAGCAGCGACCUCAAGUACCUGGCCUGCCCGCAUGCGCUGGCAGGGACCAGCGGAGGGGAGCUGGUGGGAGGAGGAGGCAGGGAGAGCACUCUGGUGAAGAGAGGCUCCUGGUCAACACUGACCCUCAGCCAGGCCAGGCAGGUGCUCCAGAAGGGCUCAGCCACAGUCAACAGGACGCUGCUCAAAUCCAAGUCAUAUCACCAGGACCUGACCUGUCAGUACCUCCAGGUAGGAGGCCCAAUUCCCCUGGGAGACUGGAGCGCUACGUUGGGGGGCCGGGGCCGGCCCGGUGGCCUGGAGAUCCCCUGCCGGAGGAUGCGUAGCGGCAGCUACGUCAAGGCCAUGGGGGACGUGGACCAGGACAGCGAGGAGUCGGAGGGAAGCCCCAAACCCUCACCCAAAACAGCUGCCCGCCGCCAGAGCUACCUGAAGGCCACCCAUCAGUCCCUGAGCGAGCAGCAGCCUCCACCACACAACUGUCUCCCCUCCCUGAGAGAGCUCUCCUCCAAUCGGAGCCUGGACAACCUGGACUGCCUGGUGAGCCCGGGAGAGCCCCCGAUGGCCAUGCAGCACUGGGACGAUGGCAAAGACUACCAUCAGAGCUAUGCUACCCUGGGCAGGGGCAUGAUGAGCAGUGGGCAGGUGUGUGGGCAGGGCUGCGGGCGCUCGCUGUACUGCGAGGGGGAGUCCCAGGCGGUGGAGGCUCUGAACCUGCCCACACCGACGUGCUUUCGCUCCCGCAGCCACAGCUACCUGCGGGCCAUCCAGGCCGGCUGCUCCCAGGAUGAGGACACCGCCUCAGUGGACUCAGAUUCACCUCCACCCACCACCACCGGCUGCACCUACACCUCCAGCACCACACCACCUACGUGUGUAAGCAGCUCCUGUAAGAAGGCUCCCCCGCCGGUCCCUCCGCGCACUACCUCCAAGCCCUACAUCUCUGUGACGGUGCAGAGCAGCACUGAGUCGGCCCAGGACACAUACCUGGACCAACAGGACCACCGCAGCGAGGCCAACAGCCAAUCAGGACGCAGCAGCAACUCUUCCGACAGCCUCUACAGCCUGCGUACAGGCAGCCUGGCCAAAGGCUCUCAGCCCCCGGCCCCAGCUGCCACCCCAGCCCACGUCGCUGCCCCUGUCCCUGCCCCGAGGGACCCCCACCCACCCCCUUCCUCCAGCACCCAGUCUUUGCCCCAGGUCCAGCCCCAGAAUGACACCCUAAACCCAGGCCCCAGCCUCACCCCAGACCAGUCCCUGACCCUACCAGAGCCUGUUCCCACCAAAAGGAAGCUCUCAUCUAUCGGCAUCCAGGUGGACUGCGUUCAGCCAAUCCAGAGAGAGGAUCAACUGCCUCCUUCGACCAAGUUCCAGUCUAUUGGAGUGCAGGUGGAGAACGGCAGGCCACUCAGCCGGGCCAGCAGCAUGGCCUCCAGACAAGAUACAGAGACAGAGCCUCAGGACUCUAAACAAGACGCCCCUCCCUCAGAAAACAACAAUACAGUCAACCGCAACAGCCAGCCGCUAGACCCCGCCCCCGCUGCUUCCAAUGGUAAGGAGCAUGCGGUGGUGCGGCAGCCCCCUAAACAUCCCCCUGUCCCGGCUAGAGCAUCCGCCUCCCUCCCAGAGAGCCUGGACCCGGCCCUGGAUCCCUCCUUCCUGCCCCCUCCGGACCCCAGCUUGGAGAGUGGAAACGGCAGUGCCCAGGGAGAUGCGGCCACGCCCACCUGCCUCCGGAACGGCAACUGGUUUCUCAAACUUCUACAGGCUGAGACGGCACGCAUGGAGGGCUGGUGUCAACAGAUGGAGCAGGAGACCAAAGACAAGGACAUCUCAGAGGAGGUGAUGGGGACGGUCCGCAGUGCAGUGGGCAGUGCCCAGCUCCUCAUAGCCCAGAAGUUCCAACAGUUCAGAGGACUCUGUGACGAGAACCUGAAUGUGAAUGCCAACCCUCAGCCCACAGCUCAGGACCUGGCAGGGUUCUGGGACCUGCUGCAGCUCUCUGUAGAGGACAUCAGUGUCAAGUUUGAUGAGCUCUGGCAACUCAAGGCCAACAACUGGCAGCUGCCGGAGAAGAAGUCUCAUCCUCAGGAAGAGAAGAAGUCUGCACCCCCCUUUGUGCCAAAGAAGACAUCCAAGCCCAAGCUGAGCCCUGGGAAGGACCGGAGCAUAGACUCGGCGAUGGACAAGCAGCGGCAGGAGGCCAGGAAACGCCUGAUGGCGGCCAAGCGUGCGGCGUCCGUACGACAGAACUCUGCCACGGAAAGCUCAGACAGCAUUGAGAUCUACGUCCCUGAGGCCCAGACACGCCUCUGAGAACGGACCACCAUUGGCACCCUGCUCCCCCCCAUUAAGGAACAGCCACACACACACACACACUAGCAAACACGCAGACACCGUGCUCCCCAUGAAGGAACAGCCUCAAACACAUUAGAGAAACACCCAGGGGCGCAGAGGUCGGUCCCCUAAUGGCAACGCAGCAUCUGACAGGAGGAGAGCACAGGACCGCAAAAAAUGCAGAACAAUGCAAAACUAUUUCCUUCCUGGCUGCCAUGGAGACAGAGACCUGAACAGACAUUUAGUACUAUUGUUAUUAAUAUUAUAAUAAGUAUUGUUUUCUGCUAAAAUAUAUCAAGACUGUCUUAAAUGUGCAAGUAUCUUGGAUAAAAGGACAUCCUUAUUCCUUGUGAGCUAAAGAAUCUUGGUAUCCCAGAAGUUUACUCUCUUUUCACCCCCUCACUUCUUCUGAGUCUGUGAGCUGGUCUGGUCUAGUCCAGUCAGCCUCUCUCGUUUACGAGCUACGUACCACCACACUCAGGAUACACACAGAUGUACUCACUCACGGUCCACACACACAGUCUUCCUCUUCUCUCUUUGUAUUAGGCUGCCACUGCAUUGGUUGUGGACGGUAAGCUUUUACUGUGUAUGGAAUUAAAUCUAUAUGAGAUGAUGGUGUUGUCGUGUACAGAGGUAGAACACAGUCAGAAGACCAGAGGAAGACCGUAGCAUUAUACCCAUCUCACAGUCUGGUUAUUAGUAGGAUGGGUCUUUUUUUAAAUGUUCUUUACCAGAUUGUUUGUUAGACAAGGUCCAGUGUUCAGUACUAAGUUAUUAUUUUUUAUAGAACAAGUACAUGUACGGUCAUGAAGAUAUUCUCACAUGAUGCAAUCAUUAACUCUCACUCAUAAACACACACUAUGCUGUCUGUUUUAAGUCUUAUAUGCCCUUUUGGAAGAGAUAUUACUAUGGCCAGUUGAUGUGUGCUACAGUAGGAAUGUAAAAUGCAUUGAAGAAUAACUUGACUGCACCUUCCACUCCAUCUGUUUACCCAGAUCAAGUUAGCUCCCUUCUGUUUCCCUGUUUAUUGUCUACAUAUUUGGUGCAGGGGACCAUGAGAUACACGUCUAUUUAUUACAUUCCUAGUUUCCCACUCAACCUUUGUGGACUCUCAGCAGCAUCGCUCCCAUUUGAAUCAGAAAGAGGAAUCAACAAUAAGCUCCCUUUCUUGCCUCAUUACAGACUGGUUUAUUUUCACCUGCAUAGGCCAGUGCUCUGCCAGUGGUUUCGUGAGACAACUAGUAUAAGCAAUAAGUAAAAUGGGACAUUUGAGAUGGCACCGUAAAAAUUAUUCUGAUGCCCAGUCAAAAAAACAACCCCUAGCCCCCAAACGUUCAGUGUUUUCAGACCUGAAGCGAUAGGUGAAAGCCAAACAAUAUGUAAUGACUCUACCUUGUCAUACAAUGUGCUUUGAGGAGCUUCCACUAUAUUGCUUCCUCCAGUCUAAUGCUUAGGCUAGGAGUUGUUUUCUGACUGGGCUGAGUUUUCUCAGGUUGAGCGCUCAGUCACUUAACACACCAAAAGUCAAACCAUAACAGCACUUUGGUCAUCAUACCCCAUUACUAACCACUACUUGAUUGGUCAAAGCCUUAACACAAACUGUCAAAUUAAUAAUGAUCCAAAAGUAUGAAAACAUACCAUGCAUUAUAAAGAAAUGCAUUUGCAUAAGUAUCACUCAUCUGUGCAUUCAAAAUGUCAGAAUAAAAAUAUUGGUGUCAAGUACUAUUCCUGUUUUGUUGACGCGUUUCAGACUAUGCUCAAGCUGAAUUAUUUUAGUCAUAUUAUAGUGUGUCAGCUUGACCUUUCAUUCCUGUAUACAGAAAAAUGCACAUUGAGGAGAUUUUGUAUGAGACAUUUUCUGUGACCUGUUUGAAUUGAUCAUGUUUUGACCUGUGCCACAGUGGUUAUAUUGGUAUUUUUCUGGGUUUGGAGAGAAUUGAUGGUACUGCACAGGAUUGACCAUUGUACUGAGAUGGUGUGGAGUUUUUCAGCAUCACUGAAAAACAGGCUUAUUCCCACUAUCAUGACUACAACAUGCAUGUAAAUGAGCUUUCAGCUUUGCAUUUCUCGUAACAUGAAAGUUAUUUUUCUCAAAUUAAUUGUAAUGUUCCACUCAUUCACUGAAUUCCAAAUCAACCCCCUAACCUAGGCACUCCUGUAGAUAUGAAAUUAUUGGAUAGGUUGUAAACAAUAUGGUGCAAGAAAUUCCACCCAGUCUAACAUAAGCAAAGAACCUCUGAUCAGAAGGUAAUGUGAUGUUAUGCAUAAACCUAUGUGAGGGAUUGAUUUUGGAAUUUAGAAAUGGAUGAUCUGCAACAAGGAUCUGCAAUUUCAGGAUCGCAGUACUACUUGUUCCCUUGAAGCGCUGGUUCUCCCCCCCCCCCUAAAUGGUCAACACCUUCGUCACAUGGCUGCCCCCAAAGUGUUGAUCUGAUCCACAGUCCGUUUUGUAUUUUUAGAUCUUUUAAUGUCAAAGAAUAGAGGGAAUUAGUAGAACUGGGAAAGCAGCUGAUGCGGUACCAGGAUGUUAAUUUUGAUUAUUUGUAAUACAUCAACUACGGACAUGUACAUUUCAUUGUCCAAAGAAAUCAUUAAACAUCCCUUUUGUUACAGUA